UGAAGGAAACGCACGAGCGCACUGUGCAGAGGUAACAUUAGAUCAGUCAAAACAAUUCAAGCCAUUUAACUUUCACUUAUUUCUCGUUUUAAUUAAAUCCAAAAACAUGUCAACAUCACUGGAGAAACCGCAAAUCAUAGCGCACAUCCAGAAAAGUUUAAACUACACUGUUUUUGAGAGUAAAUGGAUUCCCUGCAGCGCAAAGUUUGUUUGUAUGGGAAACUUGGCCAGAGGAACAGGAGUAAUUCAGAUCUAUGAAAUACAACACGGGGAACUGCAGCUUGUCAAAGAGAUAGAAAAGGCCAAGCCAAUCAAAUGUGGAACAUUUGGGGCCACAUCUCUCCAGCAGAGGCAUCUGGCCACGGGAGACUUUGAUGGCAGUCUUAACGUUUGGAAUCUUGAAGUUCCUGACUGUCCUGUAUACUCAGUGAAAGCACACAAGGAGAUCAUAAACAGCAUUGAUGGAGUGGGAGGGCUGGGCAUUGGGGACGGGGCCCCAGAAAUUGUUACUGGCAGUAGAGACGGUACAGUUAAGGUUUGGGACCCCAGACAAAAAGAAACACCUGUGGCAAACAUGGAGCCAGGGGAGGGAGAAACAAAGAGAGAUUGUUGGACUGUUGCCUUUGGUCAUGCUUUCAAUGACCAAGACCGCUGUGUAUGUGCUGGAUAUGACAACGGUGACAUCAAAAUCUUUGAUCUUAGAAAUAUGUCUUUACGAUGGGAGACGAAUAUAAAAAAUGGAGUAUGCUGUGUUGAAUUUGACAGAAAAGACAUAAACAUGAACAAACUAGUGGCAACAUCUUUAGAGGGAAGAUUUCAUGUAUUUGACAUGAGGACUCAGCACCCCACCAUAGGUUUUGCUUCAGUGUCUGAAAAGGCUCAUAAGUCUACAAUAUGGCAGGUGAGACAUUUACCUCAGAAUCGUGACAUCUUUAUGACAACUGGUGGAGCGGGUAAUCUACAUUUAUGGAAAUAUGAGUAUCCAGCUCAAAGAAGUAAAAAGGAUGCAGAGGAUGUAGACAUGGGCGUCGCUGGGACUGUGAAUCUCCUGCAGAAUGUCACAGUGUCUACACAACCCAUUUCUAGUCUUGACUGGAGUCCCGACAAACAGGGACUUUGUGUUUGUUCUUCAUUUGACCAGUCUGUGCGUGUCCUUAUUGUGACCAAGCUCAACAGAGUCUGAGUUGACAUGAGAUGUUUCUCUGCAGUACAAGACUCUAAACAUUGUGUUAUUAUUCCCAAACUAAUUGGAAUCUUUGAUGCCUACAUACACCCAGAUUUACAGUGUCUUAUAUUCAUAAUAUGUCUUAUGUGCAAUUACAUUCAAAUUCUUAUUUACAUUGUGAUUCUCUAUAUUAAUUGGUAUAAAUUAAAUGAUUUACUACACCCUGAA